AUGGUGUCGGGUGCCAGUAGUACCACUGGAAUGCGCGGAAGGACAAGGUCCAAGCGAGACGCAUCUCACGGAUUAGGGCAAGGCUAUCAGAUGACGUCGUGGAUUUGGUUUGCUUCAGGAGUUCAGGACGACGAAACUGAUGCAGGGUCUGAACGAUGUCUCGCGUGUGCAGACAACUGGUGGAAUGAAGAAGUGUUGCUUCUCAAGGAGGGAAUGCAGCAAACACGACAAUUUCUCGCAUGGCAUGUACAACAAUGGCAAUCUGUUACUGAGCUAUCACACCAGGAUGCGCAGAUCGUGGCUGGCGCCGUCGCAUAUGCCCACAGGCAGGCUGCAGGCACUGGAGUUGGUGCGGACGUCCCAGCUGCCGAGGAUGAAGUAAAUGAAUAUUUUGCCGAGGAUGAGGACAAUUUUGAUGACGAGGAGGGGUAG